UGUGUGGGGCUGGGGGCAGGCAGGGAUGGAGGGGGCACUGGGGCCUACAGCUGGCUGCCCCCAUGCUGGAGUUUGGGGGCCGGCAGGAGGCUGAGGGUGUACUUGGGGCAGAGUGAAGGCAUCAGAGGCACAUAGGGGUGGCAGGCUGGGUGCCCUCAUAUUGGGAAUAGAUGGGACGCCCCAAGGAUGCAAGGUGCAGGGCAGUGGCAUUGCCACAGCAACUGGGAUGCUGGGAACACGAGCAAGAGUGGGAAUAGGGACCCUCUGCAUGGGGACAGGCCACGGCUGGGGACAGCUGGGACAGCAUCGGACAGAGGCUGGGACCCUGUGGCAGUGACGGGAGAAGGGUUCCAUAGUGCCAUGUGGGCUGGCUGGCUGCAGCACAUCGCAUCCCUGUGCUGUGUGCUGUGCACAGCGCAGUGCCACGGGCUGAACCCACAGCUAUCAGGAACAGGUCUGCUGCACCCCGCUGCUGCUGAGCUGCCCUACUGCCGGUGCUAUACAUAGGGCAGCCCUGCCCCGCCGAGGCGCUACAUGGAGCAGGCUCAGUCUUAUCACCCCGGCGUGUCAUCGGAGGGUAUUUUUGGGGACGGCAGCUGCAGGCAUUCCUAACAGUCGGUCCCUGCACGCUGACGCUGAGGAGCAGAGCUGGGCGAACAGCAGAGCGGGUUACCGGCACCAGGAGCUGUAGGACAGAGGUGUUGGUGCGAGGUGGGUGCGUGAGGCAGGGGAUGGUGCUGGGCAGAGUGAUUGGAGGAGGGGGGGUAAGCGGGGGCUGGGCCGUGGAGCUGUGUUUGCUGGCGCCUGGGGUGCAGGUUUGGGGGAGAACCUGGCCCUGGCCCCUGGGGAUGAGCUCUGUCCCACAUUCCCCUUCAGCCCAGCCAGGGAAUGUUUGGGUUUCUCUUUGUCCCUGUUCUCCCCAAGGGAGGCAUAGAUGCCUUUGUCCAGCCCUGGCCAUGGCAUGGGCAGGGGCUGAGGUUUGCGGUCACCCAGGACAGACUCCAAGCACGGAGCCCUACUCCUGCCCAUGGUGCUGGGGAUGGGUACCUGCAGCACUGGGCGUGGAGGUGGUACCCUGUGAAAGCAGGACUUGUUCCCCAGUUCCCUCUGCACCCUGUGGUGAUGUCCAGACCUUGGACACCCAGGGGCUGGGGUCGGGACCACGCUCGGUCAGGGCCCCUCCUCCCAGGCACCCCUCAGAGCUGGGCAGGAAGCGCCCGGAUGUGUCCGGAUGCCUCCAGCCCCAUGACAGCCCCUUAUCAGCACCUGUGCACUGAGCCAGCCCAGAUGCGGCAGGAAUGCGGCUCUGCCACCACCCGAUACUGCAGGAAUGCCCCAGCGGGUGGGGAAGGGCUGUGCUGGGGCCUGUUCUUCCUCAGCCAACCCCAUCCCCAGCACUGCAGGGAUCCAGCGAGCCCCAUGCCCCAUGGGCAGAUCUCACCUCCCAGCCUGGGCUUGAUGCAGCAAUGCUCUGGGUGGGAUGUUCCGCACUACAGCCUGACCCCACUCUCUGUUCUCAGGCUGACGCUCCCAGCCGUCGUCCUGCCCUGAUCCCAGGGUGAUGGAGAGCCACGGGGCAGCCCCCCGGUUCCUGGCCUACCCACGCGCCUUCAUGGCACAAAGCGGCACCGACGCCACGCUGAGGUGCCAGAUCACAGGUGACCCCCGGCCCAGCGUCCUCUGGGAGAAGGACACAGCCCCGAUCCAGUCCUCGGGCCGCUUCUGUAUGGAGGCCGAGGGGGACGUGUACAGCCUGCGGGUGUCCUGCGUCACCCCGCAGGAUGGCGGCCUCUAUGUCUGCAAGGCCAAGAACUGCAUUGGCGAGACCUAUGCCGCCGCCACACUGCGAGUGGAGUCCGGGAAGCAUCAGCAGGAGGAGGAGGAGGAGGAGGAGGAGGAAGGCUGUGCUGGCAGCCGGGCGCCCACCUUCCUGGUGGGGCCCUCAUCGGUGCGGGUGUGCUGUGGGGAGGACGUGACCUUCUCGUGCCGGGUGUUUGGGCAGCCCUGCCCACUGCUGGAGUGGGAGAAGGAUGGCCGCAAGCUGCACGACCUCUUUGAGAGCAGCCACUUCGUGGUGGGCCAGCAGCCCGAGGACUGGCACUACCUCAAGCUGUUUGGUGUCCGGCCCCCAGAUGCAGGGGUCUAUGUGUGCCGGGCACGCAGUGGCUCCCAGGAGGCCCUGGCUGCGGCAGUGCUCCUGGUGGAGCCCCGGUGCUCCCCUUCUGAUAGCACCCAGCUGCGGCAGCUGCGGCAUGCGAACACCGACACCUGGGCACCGGCACUCAAUGGCACACCAAGAGCCAAGGCAUUCGCUGUCAGCGCAGGGAAGCACGCCAAGUUCCGCUGCUACGUCACCGGCAAGCCCAAGCCAGAGAUCGUUUGGCAAAAGGAUGGCAAGGUCGUGGUCCCUGGCCGCCGGCACCUGGUCUACGAGGACCGGGAGGGCUACUUCAUCCUGAAGGUGCUGUACUGCCGGCCCCGGGACCAGGGGCUGUACGUCUGCACCGCCUCCAACACGGCCGGGCAGACGCUGAGUGCCGUGCAGCUGCAGGUGAAGGAGCACCGGCUGCGGUUCCAGGUGCCGCUGGAGGACGUGGAGGUGGCGGAGCGGGAGGACGCGGUCCUGGAGUGCCAGGUGCCACUGGGGAGCAUCCCCACCGCCUGGUUCCUGGAGGACAGGGAGCUGCAGCCCAGCCACAAGUACGUGAUGGAAGAGCGCGGUGUGGUGCGGCGCCUGACCAUCCGUGAUGCCCGCACCGACGAUGACGGCGUCUACCUCUGCCAGAUGAAGGACAGGGGCCGCAGCGUUGCUGAGGUCUCCGUCCGAGGGCUAAUCGUGAAGAGGCUGCCGCGGAAGCUGGAUGUGAUGGAGGGCGAGAACGCAGCUUUCUGUGUGGAGACGCGGGAGGCCGUGGAGGGGAUCUGCUGGAGCCGCAACGGGCUGCAGCUGCACGAGUCCUCACGCGCCGUGCUGAAGAGCUUCGGCAGGACCCACCUCCUGGUGCUGGUGCACGUCACCCGUGAGGACGCGGGCAUCAUCUGCUUCUCUGUCGGGGAGUCACUGACAUCCUCCCAGCUCCGGAUCAAGUGUGUGAAGCGUGACCCUCCCAGCGCGCCGAUGGCAGCCCAGCUGAGCACGGAGCAGAGCAACGCGGCCCUGCUGACAUGGUGCCCCGCACUCGACGUGCACCAUCGCCCACCCAGCACCUACGUCCUGGAGCGGCGCGAGGCGGCGGGCGGCAGCUGGGUGCAGUGCCUGAGCACCGAGCUGCCCGGCCGUGUGCAGGUGCUGGGUGACAGCGUGCCCCGCGAGGCUGACUACUGCUUCCGCGUCUGCGCCGUCAACAAGCACGGCCGCAGUGACCCCGUGGAAUUCCCUGGCUGCGUGCACCUCGUGCCAGCCGUGCGCCUGGAAAGGGGUCUGCAGGAUGUGCAGGUGCGGGACGGUGAGGACGCGCGCUUCUUCCUGGAGCUGUCGGCCUCGGUGCAGGGAGAGUGGUUCCUGAACGGCACAAGGCUGCAGGGUGAGGAGAGUGGGCGCUGCAGCAUGCAGCACUGCGGGAUGGAACACUCGCUGCUGAUCCGCUCAGCAAGGCUGAGAGAGAAUGGUGCACGUGUCACCUUUGUGACCAGCGGUGUGCAGGACUCGGCCACACUGCAUGUGCAAGCCCCGCGGGCCCACAUUGCCCCGGUGCCUGAGGCACGGCGGCUCCGGGAGAUGCUGGCGGGGCUGCCGCUGCUGCUGGAGUGCGAGGUGAGCCCGGCGGGUGCCCCCGUGUGCUGGAUGAAGGACGGUGAGGCCGUGGUGCCCAGUGAGACCCUGGGCAUCCAGGCGGAGGGAUGCUGGCGUACGCUGCACAUCCCUAUGGCUGUGCCGUCAGACUCGGGGACGUACACAUGUGACGCUGGAGAUGAUGCCGUGAGCUUCGUGGUGACCGUGAGCGAGGCGCCAGUGAGGAUUGUCAGCUCCAACGAGGAGACCCCGCAUACCUACGUGGCCGGGCAGCGCGUGGAGCUGUGGUGCCAGCUGUCUCGUGCCGAGGCCCCAGUGCACUGGUACAAGGAUGGGGAGGAGGUGGAGGAGGAUGAGAGCCUGGUGCUGGAGCGCGAGGGGCCGCGGUGCCGCCUGGUGCUGCCCUGCGCCCGCCCGCAGCACACAGGGGAAUUUGUCUGCGACGUAGGUGGUGACUCUGUCUUCUACACCAUCACGGUGGCAGAGCCACCGGUGAGGAUCGUGGCCUCCAACGAGGCGGCCCCUCACACGUACAUGGCCGGGCAGAGCGUGGAGCUGUGGUGCCAGCUGUCUCGUGCCGAGGCCCUGGUGCAUUGGUACAAGGAUGGGGAGGAGGUGGAGGAGAGCGAGAGCCUGGUGCUGGAGCGUGACGGGCUGCGGUGCUGUCUGGUGCUGCCCUGCGCCCGCCCGCAGGACGCAGGGGAGUUCGUCUGCGACGUGGGUGGUGACUCUGUCUUCUACACCAUCACGGUGGCAGAGCCACGAGUGAGGAUCCUGCACCCUGCGCAGCGCUCGCUGGAGCUGCCAGUGCUGGCACCGGGAUGCGUGGAGCUGCGCUGCGAGCUGUCCGUGCCCGAUGCUCCCGUGCGCUGGUUCAAGGAUGGGCUGGAGGUGGACGAGACUGACAACCUGCGGCUGCUGGUGGAUGGUGCCUGGCGCUGCCUGCUCAUCCCCAGGAGCAGUGCUGAGGACACGGGGGAGUACAUCUGUGAGAGCAAGGAUGAGGCCGUCUCAUUUGAUGUCAAGGUGUCAGAGCCCCCAGUGAAGAUCCUGCAGCCGCGGAGACCUCCACCUGUUGUGAAAGCGUCACCAGGGGAGACAGUGACUCUGUCCUGUGAGCUGUCCCGCGCCGAUGCAACAGUGUGCUGGGCCAGGGAGGGUGUCCGGCUGGAGGCAGGGGGCAGCUGGGUGCUGGAGGAGGAGGGUGCCCACCGUCGCCUGCUCAUCCCUGCUGCCCGAGCUGAGCAUGCUGGAAAAUACGUCUGCGAUGCGGCCGAUGAUGCAGUGACAUUCACCGUCCAGGUGUCAGACCCUCCUGUCAGGAUCCUGGAGAGGGAUGCGCUGCCAACCAGCCGACGCUGCCGGGCCAUGGAGGACGUGGUGCUGGAGGUGCACCUCUCACACGCCCAUGGGGAGGUGAAGUGGUACAAGGAUGGGGAGAAGCUGCAGGACACGGGGCACGUGCGGCUGGAGGAGGAUGGACAGCGCCGGGCACUUGUCAUCCUGGGUGCCACAGGUGGAGAUGCGGGGGAGUAUCUCUGCGACACCCGCGACGACAGCAUCAUCUUCUGUGUCACCGUGGAAGCCCCAGAGCCACCAGUGAGCAUUGUGGGGAACAUGGGCACCAUAGAGCAUCGCUGCCUGGUGGCUGGGCAGGACCUGGUGCUGGCCUGUGAGCUGUCCCAGCCCGACGCUGCCGUGCGCUGGCUGCGGGAUGGCCGGGAGCUGCAGCCGGGGGAGCGGGUGUGCAUUGUGGCCCAUGGGGCGCUGCGGGAGCUCACCGUGUGUGGGGCACAGCCCAAGGACUCAGGGUGCUACGUCUGUGAUGCUGCCAGUGACCGCAUGGUGACGAGCGUGGAGGUGAUAGCCCAGCCUGUGCGUAUUGUGAACAAGGAGGAGGCGCAGAGCCCGCUGGAGGUGCAGGAGGGGGACAGUGUGACAAUGGUGGCCAGGCUGUCCCCGGAGACAGCAGCAGUGCAGUGGCAGAAGGACGGGCAGAUGCUGCGCUCGGGUGGGCGGCUGCUGGUGUGCAGCGAGGGUCCAGCACGCAGCCUCACCAUCAAGCAAGUGGAACUGGGGGAUGCGGGCACCUUCCUCUGCGAUGCUGGGGACGACGAGGUGUACUUCACGCUCCACGUGAAAGAGGCGCCGGUGCUGUUUGUGAACAAGCAGGAGGAGCGGGAGAAGCUGCUGGUGCUGGAGGGUGGCAGUGCUGUGCUCUCAGCCGUCGUGUCCAAGGAGCGAGCCGAAAUCACCUGGCUGUGCCCCCAGAAGCUCGCAGUGUCCGGCGAGCGCUGCCAGCUGCGGUGUGAUGGCCGUGUGCACAGCCUGGUCCUCAGCAAUGUGGCCAAGGAGGAUGCUGGAGUCUACACCUGCCUGUCCCCAGACGACCAGAUGCAGUUCGACAUCAGCGUGCGGGAGCUGCAGGUGAAGUUCCUGCGCGGGCUCUCGGAUGUGCGGGCACGGCAGGGUGAGACUGUGGUGCUGUGGUGCGAGUUGUGCAAGGCCCGUGGCGACGUGGUGUGGCUGAAGGAUGGGCAGGUGCUGGAGCCCGACACGCACCACGAGGUCCGGAUGCAGGGCCGGGAGCGCUCGCUGGUGCUGAGCUGCGUGGGGCCUGAGGAUGCUGGAGAAUACUGCUGCGAAUCCAGCGAUGACCGCACACUGGCUACACUGACGGUGCAGGUGCGCAGGGUGGUGGAAAUCAUCGUGGAGCUACAGAGCCUGACGGUGCUGGAGGGGGAUGAUGCCACCUUCAAGUGCGUGGUGUCCCCCGAGGACGUGGUGGUGACAUGGCAGCUGGAUGGGCGGCCAGUGGUGCCCAGCGAGCGGCUGCGAGUGGCCAGGAGCGGGCUGUGCCACAGCCUCACCGUGCGGGGCUGCCAGCCGGGCGACGCGGCCACUGUGACAGCCAACGCCGAGGGGCUGCUGAGCACGGCCCGGCUCAGCGUGCAGGAGGCGCAGGUGCUGUUUGUGCGGAAGCUGCAGGAUGUGGUGGUGGAGGAGCAGCAGGACGCGUGCCUGGAGGUGGAGGUGAGCCACGAGGCAGCUGAGGUGCAGUGGCUGAAGCAAGGCGUGCUCCUCCAGCCCAGUGACAAGUACCUGAUGCGUGAGUCGGGAUGCCGGCGCACCCUCACCAUCCACAGCGUCAGCCCCUCCGACCGUGGCACCUACCGCUGCGAGAGCCUGCAUGACCGCACACAGGGCAAGCUCAGCGUGGAACCCCAGAAAGUGUCAAUCCGGAGGCCGCUGGCAGACGUGGAGACUUUUGAGAAGCAGACAGCCACUUUCCUGCUGGAGCUGUCCCACGCCGGUGUGCCUGGGGUCUGGACACGUGGCGGUGUGCGGGUGAAGCCCAGCGCCACGUGCCGGGUCAGUGCCACAGGCUGCACACACAGCCUGACGCUGGAGGGGCUGGCGCUGGAGGACUCAGGCACCAUCACUUUCACUGCUGACACCCUGCGCUGCAGCGCCCGCCUGCUCGUGCGGGAGCCUCCCAUCAGCAUGGUGAAGCUCCCGCAGGACCUGGAGGUCCCAGAGGCGGGGGCUGCCACCUUCGAGUGCGAGCUGUCCCGUCCCAGUGCCGAGGUGAAGUGGCUCAAGGAUGGGAUGGAGCUGCGGCCGGGCCCCCAGUGUCGCAUGUACUCUGCGGGUCGGCGCCGCCUCCUGCAGCUCAGCCGCUGUGCUCUGCCUGAUGCCGGCAUCUACACCUGCAAGGCCGGUGACUGCCAGGCCUCUGCCACACUGCGUGUCCAUGAGCACCAGGUCCACAUCGUGCAGGAGCUGCAGGACAUCCACGUGCAGGAAGGUGACAAUGCCGUGUUCACGUGUGAGGUGUCCCAUGGUGACGUGCUGGGCGAGUGGUUCCGUGGUGGGGAGAAGGUCAAGGUGUCCAGCACGGUGAAGAUACGGCAAGAAGGCACACGGCACUUCCUGCUGCUCUGCGCCGUGCGCCCUGAGGAUGCAGGAGCCAUCCGCUUUGCAGCCAGGACAGCCACCUCGGAGGCCAGCCUGCAGGUGGAAGCGCUGCCCAUCCGCAUCGUGAAGCCGCUGCGGGACAAGACGGUGCUGGCGCGGCACAAGGCGACGCUGGAGUGCAUGGUGUCACACGCCCGGGGCCGCGUGCGCUGGCUGCGCGGGGACACCGAGAUCUUUGCCGGUGACAAGUACGAGAUCUGCAACCUGGACUGCUACCGCACGCUCAUCAUCCACCGCGUGGGGCCCGAGGACGAGGACUCGUACACAUGUGACGCCUUCGACGACCGCUCCACCGCGCGGCUCCUGGUGGAAGGGAGCUAGGAGCUGGGGUGCACACGGAGUGCAUGGACCUCGGGUCCCCCAGCCCCCCGGCGCAACCCCCACCUCGGCACGCCAGUUCUGAAAGGCUCUUUACUGUGCGGCCCCAUGGCCUCAGCAGCAUUUGGCACAUUUACAAAAGAGGCUGAAAAGGGGGACGGUGGCGGCGCGGCGCUGCAGAGACGGCGUGGCAGAAACAUGCAGUUCCUGGGGUGGCGGCCAGGGACGGGACGGCACCCGGGGGCACCCCGCUCUGGUCCCCCCACGUCCCGCCUGCGGGGAGGUCCUGGCUCACUCCGUAAUAAAUUAAUACAAAUCA